AGUAGCAAUGUCAGUUUGGCAAUUAUGUACAAACAUCCACGGCGUUGCUCCAAUAAGAGCAUGCAAUCAAACCGAACCCAAAGCGCCUGCUCGUACCAGACCCAGGGUUAGCCCUCAGCUAAACCGCUGGUCCAGGGCCCGCUCCAUACGUUCUGGUCGAAAGUUGGACCGCCCGGUUCCCCGAACCCAGACUCUGGAAUCCACUCCUGCUACACCGCCACCACCUCCGUCGCAUCCGUUUUCUCCCCCUCUCGACUCAGACUACGCCGAUACUCUUGAUGGCGGCGCAGAAAGCACGGCCUCUAAGACCAUCUACAUCGUAUCCGACGGAACCGGCUGGACCGCCGAGCACUGCGUUAACGCCGCUUUGGGGCAGUUCGAUUACUGCUUGGUCGACCAUGGCUGCCCCGUCAACACCCACUUGUUUUCUGGGAUUGAUGAUGCUGAGAAGUUGUUAGAGAUAGUAAAGCAAGCAGCAAAGGAGGGUGCUUUGCUUGUGUACACUUUGGCUGACCCAUCCAUGGCUUCAUCUGCUAAUCAAGCUUGCAACUUGUGGGGUGUGCCUUCCACUGAUGUCUUGGGUCCCAUCACUGACGCCAUUUCUUCUCAUUUGGGUGUCUCUCCUUCCGGCCUCCCUCGCGGCGCCUCCGGUAGGAGCUUCCCACUCUCCGACGACUACUUUCGCAGGAUUGAAGCUGUCGAAUUCACCAUUAAGCAGGAUGAUGGGGCUUCCCCGGGGAAUUUGGACAAGGCUGACAUUGUCCUCACCGGAGUUUCGCGAACCGGGAAGACGCCCUUGUCCAUUUAUCUGGCUCAGAAGGGGUACAAGGUGGCUAAUGUGCCAAUCGUGAUGGGUGUUCAAAUUCCAAGGACUCUAUUUCAGGUGGAUCAGAAGAAGGUUUUUGGCUUGACUAUAAAUCCAGUUGUCUUGCAGAGUAUUAGAAAAGCAAGGGCUAAAACUAUGGGGCUCACUCCAGAAUCAAGGACUAAUUACUUUGAUAUGGAUUAUGUUAGAGGGGAGCUUGAAUUUGCAGGAAAGCUCUUUGCUCAGAAUCCUUCUUGGCCAGUUAUUGAUGUGACUGAAAAAGCAAUCGAAGAAACUGCGGCUGUUGUAUUGAGGCUUUUCCAUGACAGGAAGCAUAAGUGUACAAUGCCUAGGAUCUCAAAACGCUAUUAGAGAUCACAAUUUUCUAAAGCACCAGAAUUGUAUCCUGCUAUCUCAGUUUCAUAAUAUCAGUGACUGAAAUUUUGGUACAUUCAUAAUAUCCAGAUACAGUUGAGUUAUGAAUAUACUAAAUUUUCAAAGUAA